CUCCUCCUCCUCUCCAGACUGAUGUGACGCUGUUUGUACCUGAGGACUGAAGCCUACCUGUGGAUCCUCUUCGCUCGGCAGCAUCAUGGGGAUCUCCGCGUCCAGUCUGCUGGAUGACUCCAAAUCCAACUACAUUAAAGGCCAGGCUGAGGCUGAGUUGAAAGAGUUCAGUCCAUACUACACGAAGCAAUUCUCCGUUGCUUGGUUCUCUCAGGUAGAAGAUGACCUGGAACAACACAAACAGAAGAUCACACAACUGCUCAAACAGAGGGAGGCUCCAGAGGAAGGCGAGGUGCUGUAUGAGGAGGGCGUUCUUUUCUUUGACGACACCAGGAAGUGGAGGGACAGGUAUGUAGUGGUGAGAGCCAACUACUGCCUGGAGUGUCAUGACAGCUUGGAGACUUUUGUUAAAGGGAUUCCUCCACGCCACAAGCUGCUGCCUACGGGGGGCACUGUUCUGACCACAGAGGAGCAGUACAUGGCCAUGGUGGAAAAAUGCUUUCCUGAUGAUACUAAUAUGAAGGAGGAAUUUGCUCCUCCUCUGUCAGGGAUGCCAGGACAGUUUCCAGUCUACCUCCGUCUGCCCUACAGGCGAGACUCCUACUUCUGCUUCAGACAGCAGGCCAAACAGGCAGCCUUCCUCUCGAUCCUGUCAGACUGCAUCAGACACCAGAACCAAGACUUCCUGAAGAAAAAGACGUGUGAAGUUCAGGCCUUCCUCAAAGCCAUCCAACUCUACAGACAGGACAAAGGCAAAUAUGAAGCCUGGGACAUGUUAAUAGGAAGCGAUGUCAGGGUGAUGGCUAAUGUCGUGAUGGAACAGCUGCUGCCCACUCUGGAGAAAGACAUGCUGCCUCGCCUCAAGGCCAAGAAGACAGAGAAGAAGAGAGUUUGGUUUGCAACAGUGGAGGCAGCAUACAUUCUGGUUCAGGAGCAUCUGUUGGAGGGACUGUCAGCACUGAAGGAGGAAUGUCGGACGGCCGUUCGACAGCAGGAGGUGCUGAUCCACUCCGACAUGGACCAGAUCCUCAACUCCAGACAGCAGCUCGAGGCAAAAAUCCAAGCCAAAGUCUUAGAGCCAGCAGAGAAACUGUGCUCAGAAUCAGUUCAGCCACAUCUGGCCUCAGUUCUGGAGGAACUGAUGGAGCCGAUCAGCUCUGGUUUCCACGAAGGGCAGCAACUGAGUGAACAAAUGAUGGACCAAGUGUGUCAGGACGUUCUGCUGAGAGGACAAAAUGAACAACUGAAAAAAGCUCUGGCCAACAUGGCAAGACCAAACUUGUUGAGCUGUUACCAGAAGAUUGGCUCCCUGCAGGAUAAACUUCAGCACCUAUGGGAGAGAUUUGGCUUCUCCAACAUCACAGGAGUGAUCCACAGUGCUCAGAUUGACCUGCAGCAGCUAAUUGAGAAUGCCGCUUAUACGUUUGAGCAGCUGCUCAACAAGGCCAUCGAGGAUAACCCAGACAACGCUGGUUCGGCCAUUGAAAAGGCAAAACACAGAGUUGUCAAGCAAUACAACUAUGACAGCAGCACAGUAAGGACGAGGAUCUUCCAGGAGGCUCUUGUUUCCAUCACUCUGCCCUUCAUUAAGAAGAACCUGGCUCCUACCUGCAAAACUGAUCUUCAGGGUCUCGAACACGGCAUCUAUGUUGACCACUCCAACUUCAUCCAUGUUGAGAACGUUUAUGAAAGCAUCCUUCUGCGAACCCUGGACAGGGAGGUCACCAAAGUGGUGAAGGAGGCUGCAACCCUGAAGAAGUACAACCUGUUCACUGACAGCAGAGACCUGGUCAGUCAGUCCAGUCGCUCCAGCCUCUUCACCCCUUCAGUGUCUACCCCUGGAAGCCCCUCCAUGGUGCUGGCCUCCCCUGCUAAAACCUCCUGUGAGGCCGAGCCUCAAUCUCCUCUUGUUGUUAAUGGUCUGUCCACCAGUCCUCUAAAAGAAGAACUACAGGAGAAAGAAAAUGAUGUGCAGCAGAUAAAAGACUCAAUGAAUGUGACAGGGUUCGAGACACCACUGGGUAAAACUGAACAAGGCGACACAACUCCCACUGUAGCUAGUAGUCAGGAGGAGUUACCAGCUCCCAAAGUAGACGAUGUCACUGUGAGGGCUGAGGCAGGCAACACUGAAACACUUGAAAACCCAGCUGCAGUAACAGCCACAGCAGCUCCAGAGAUUGUGAUCCUGGAUGAAGCGAUAUCUGCCCAAACAGAAGAAGCUGAGAUGGGCACUGAGCUGGAAAUGCAGAGCACAGAUAUUCUCCAAGAAGCACAAAGUAUAAAAACAGAUGCAGCAUCAACAACACAAACAGAAACUUCUGAUCCAAGAAAUGAACCUGCGUGCCUUUCAGCAGACGAACCUGAACCCCAACCUGUAGCCAGUACUGAAGAAAAGACACAGUGUGAGAGCUCUGAAGUCAAAUCAGAGGUUCCCUCCGGUGGUGAAGUGCCUGAAUAUGCCAGUCUCAAGCUGAAAAGAGAGGAAGAAAAACCAAUUACUGUCUCAGACCCCAAUUGUCUUGAUGUGUCAGCAGGAAGUGAGUCACUACCCUCUGACCUGGAGUCCACAGAUGAAGUCUCAACAACCUCUGACAUCUUGGAGGAUGAGGCUAACACUAGCAAAUCACCCACAAGCUCAGAUGAUGCUGCUGAAGACAGAACCAUAGCUGACGAACCAUCACCUCUGGCCCAAAUGAAGAACGUAAGCAGCAAUGUUGAAGGGGACAUCGAACCAGGAGCCAACUUAAAUGGGGAGACUUCAGCAGCAGACACUCCAUCCUCCUCAUCUGCUGAACCCACUAAAGAGGAAAUGCCCUCAAGUCCUGAAGUCCGGCCUCUGGACUGCAUCAAGGAGAUCCGUGACUUAGUGGUGGAAGUGAUUGAGGUGGAGGAGCUGGUGCAGCAUUACCCCAGUGGAGUUCCAAAGGAAGAAUAAAGCUUCAUGUAAGAGCAGCAUUCGAUGACAUGUGGGUCAACUGUUCUGUGAAUUAUUACCAGAAUAUAGCAGUAGCUUCCAUUUCUGACAAAAAUGUCCUUCUACACUGUUUUAACUUAAGCAGCGCAAAAUGAGAAAAACACUCUUGACAUACUGGAGGCUUUGUGGCCUUUGUUAAACAAAUAUUCAAGAAAUUAUGGUAAAUUGUUUAUACACAUCAAUAUUAUUUACACAAAGAACGCAUAAUGAGGUAUCCAGGUGUAGAAAAAUCAACGUGUUUGCUCCUUUCAGUGCUUUGGCAACACUGCAUUUAUUUUAGCACCUAAUUGUUUUAGAGAACCCUGAUUUAGAAAUAGAAUUAGUGAAGAAAUGAAUGGAAAUUGCAUUGUAUGGUUGUGGUUAGGUAUGAAUCUAUUUUAAUGGAGGAAAUUUUGGGAUGAUUAUUUGCUUUCUCUCUGAGAGGUCGGUGUUUAUUUGGAAAUCAAUUUCACAUCUGUUUUUGAAUUGGAACAGAGGGAAUUAGCCUUGCAGUCCAAUCAGUCCUUUUUUUUGUACCAGAGUAAAUGCUGCAGUGUCUUCCCCAAUUAUUAGCAACACUGUGGUACCACAAGAGUGUUAUUUCACCGGCCUUAUUUACCCUUUAUACAAAUGAAUGUAGAGUUACCUUGUCUGAUGCUUUUAAUGUUAAAUUUACUACUGAUACAAUACUUGCCGAUUUGAUCACAGAGGAUGAAACAAAGUAACAUUGUGGAUGACUUUGUUCAUUGGUGUCGUCUUAUUUUCAGUCCAGCACUAAGAAAACUAAGGAAGAGACCUUUGAUUUCAGAGUGAGCAGGAAGACACACCAAUAAGUAGGCAGUAAUAGUGACUGGUAAUUCUUACUAAUCACAUUAAAAUUGUACUUAAACAGAAACCAAUAGAAAAGUUAGCCGUUUUAAAGGGAGCUACAUGCACUUCAGCCAAACUUUAGUUAAAUGGAUCAGUGUCAGUUGACAUGAAUCUGAUCACAAAGCAAACCUUCCUCACUGUGUUGCAGGGCUGCCCUCCUUUACAACAGCCCACCAAACAAGCCUUUUGUUGCACAUCGAAAUCCAGCCAUCAUCUAUACGCCACUUAAUCCUCACUAGGGUCAGGGGCCGGAGCCUAGCUCAGCCAAAUCAGUGUGAAGGCAGGGGACACCCUGGACAGGUAACCAGUCUACCACAGGGCGCAUAUCUAAAUAAAAUUAGAAAAAUUAUCUGAGCACAGCGGUGCAACUUACUUUAGUUCAGACGCAGAGCUUUGUGGAAUAUACUCAUUUGGUCCAGUGAUGUCCAGCAGAGCUAUUACUACUCCUCUUUCUGUUAUUAGCAAAUAACAGUGUCCAAGCCAUUCUGGCAGUUUCUUCUUAUUUUUAGCUAGCUAUUUGUCGUUUUCAAAAGUGAAGAUGACAAACACUGCUCGUAACCUGUUCUGAAUUCUGAAGAAUUUGAUGGCAGGCCAAAUGUCUCUGCUGUCUGCUUUAAGUACAUUUUGCAGCCAGUUUUGUUCCCUGGCUUAAGACUGAUUGCGAGGGAAGAUGCUCUACCUCUAGUUGUCUAUUUGUCCAAAAACUCCAUCCAAAGAAAAAUUAAAUAAUAAUUUAAAGAGCCACGUUGUCCAGUUAAACUUUAAUUCAGGUCAUUAUAAUGACAUAAGUUGUUCACCUGAAACGUUUUGAACUUCCUGUGGAUCAAUAAGUAUUUGAAAAAUAUGAUUAUAUAGUGAAUAGUAGGUGUAAUAUUUGGACACACCUACUAUUCAGUGUUUCAAAUACAUACUGAAUCAGCAGUCAAUCAAGUACUGGGUUAAGAAAUAAAACUUGACUGUGAUAUCCCUAGUUUGAGCAAUUCUUACUCUUUGCAUAUAAACAGGUGGAAGUAGAAUUGUUAUAAUCAAGAAAUAGUUCUAGCACAUAGCUCCUGCUAAAACCAUGCAAUGUUGUUUUAAAACUUCUCGUUUGUGUAGAGAUUGAACAAAUGACACACAGUAUGUUAAUUUGUAAGCUUUACAGGCACUGGUAGGAGUACUUAUUUUUAAACUUUGGACUGAAGCAGGCUAACAGUGUCUUCCCAUGUCCAGUCUUCAUGCUAUCUUUGUCCUCAUUCCAGCUCCGUCCAUGACACACAGACAUAUCUCAUUCUCAGGAAAAAAGCAAAUAACCAUUUUUCACAAAAUGACAAGAUAAUUUGUUAAAUAGUAAAGCCACAAAUGAAAUUUGAAUCAAUUUUGAAAUCAUCAGGGGUUGGGAUUGUUUAAAAAUCACUACAUCUUCCAGAUGCAUGAACUGGAUCAGUGACUGCCAGAUUCAUUAGUAAAGCUGUACCUCAGGCAUUAGUUCUUCUUAAUUUGAGAAUUAACCAAGUGAAGGAUUUUUAGCUUAUAAAAAAACAAAAUGAAGAAGCAGCUCAUUGAAGUGCCCUUGCAGUGCUUUCAUGUUACCGCCACGUGCCUUAGAUCUCAUGAUGGAGCCCAGCCUCCAUCAUGUGGCUGCUGAAGAGACUUGUCUGUGAAUAGCUGAAUCCACUCCACCAAGUGCCUGUUACCUGUGUACGGUAUCUUUCACAGACAUGAUUAGUAGGACAGAGUGUAGAGGGGGACAUUUGAUCCCAAACCGUCUACCAGGUCCAUGUUGCUUAAUGGAAAGAGUGUGGAAAUAGUAAUAAUAAUAAAAUAAGUCUGUAAACAAACAUGCCCUCGAACAGUUUCUGUGUGAACCUUUCAUUCUCCGGUUUCAAUGUUUGAAAAACAAAACAAACAAUAAACACUUUUAUAAAGUUGUAUCUAU